AACUGUCAAAGAAGUUAGUAGAAAUCUUUCAGCAGACUCCUCUGGGCAAGUUUCUUGCCCAUUUCAGUGGAGAGCAGCAGCAAGAACUUCUUCAGUGCUACAUGAAGGACUUUCUUCUCUUGACCAUGAGUGUGUCCACUGGGGAAGAACUAAAGACCCUGGAUGCAUUUGCAGCAAUGGCCUGUGCUGAAAUGCUGACAAGAGACAUACUGAAGCCCAGUCCCCAGGCUUGGUUACAGUUGGUGAAGAAAAUUUCCAUGCCGCUGGAGUUCAUCUGUUCUGAUGGGUACAUGCAAGGCAGUGGAAGCCUGGCCAAAGCUGUCAUCAGGGAAGUCAGAACCCAGUGGAGUCGGAUUUUUUCCACUGCUCUCUUUGUGGAGCAUGUGCUCCUGGGGACCGAGAGCCAGAUCCCUGAGUUACGCAAACUGGUAACAGAGCACGUCUCCUUAUUAGACAAGUGUCUUCAAGAGAACUCUGACAUCAAGACCCACAGGCCUUUUGUAGCUGUAAUGACCACUCUUUGUGAAUGUAAAGACAAAGCCAGCAAGACCUUCACCAGGUUUGGUGUUCAGCCGUGUCCCAUCUGCCUGGGAGAUGCACAGGAUCCCAUCUGUCUGCCCUGUGACCAUGUGUACUGCCAGCGCUGCAUCAAAGCCUGGCUUGCCCCAGGGCAGAUGAUGUGUCCCUACUGUUUAACUGACUUGCCAGACAGAUUCCCUCUAACGGUUUCCCAAGAGUACAGGAAAGCCAUUGAAAAGCAUGCCCAGUUCCGGCAGAUGUGCAACAGUUUUUUCAUAGACCUGGUUUCCACCAUGUGCUUCAAAGAUAACACUCCACCUCAACAGAAAGUGAUUGAGAGCCUGCUGUCUCUACUCUUUGUACAAAAGGAUCUCUUAAGAAAUGCUCCCCAGAAACACCGUGAACACACAAAAUCUCUGUCCCCAUUCAAUGAUGUUGUGGAUAAAACUCCUGUCAUUCGCUCAGUGGUACUGAAACUGCUUUUGAAGUACAGCUUCCAUGAAGUGAAAGAUUAUAUCCAGGACUACUUGUCCACAUUAAAAAAGAAAGCGUUCAUAAUUGAAGAUAAAACGGAACUGUAUAUGCUCUUUAUCAACUGCCUGGAGGAUUCAAUACACGAGAAGACUAGUGCUUGCUCCAGAAAUGAUAAGCUGAACUACUUAAGAGAGGAAGGCCGUUUCCUCAAGAUGUAUUCCCCAGUAAGACAUGGCCAAGCACCUACCAAUGAGGCUUCAGUUGAAUACUUGCAAGAGGUGGCCCGGAUCCGCCUCUGCCUUGACAGGGCUUCUGAUUUCCUCUCAGAGCCUCAGGGAGGCCCAGAGAUGGCUGAAGAAAAACAACGCUACCUGCGACAAGUUGAGCACUUCUGUACCCGAGUCAGGAACGACUGGUAUAGAGUGUACCUGGUGAGGAAGCUCACAAGCCAGCGAGGGAUAGAAUUCGUGCAGAGCCUCUCCAGACCAGGCCAUCCAUACCAGUGGGUAUUUCCCAAGGACGUUGUUGCGCAGCAGAAGGAUCAUCCAGGCCAGAUGGAUCGCUACCUGGUAUACGGCAGUGAAUACAAGGCUCUUCGUGAUGCCACAGCCAAAGCCGUCCUCGAAUGCAAGCCCUUGGGUAUUGAGACUGCUCUGAAGGCCUGCAAGAACCCCAAAACGCAACAGGUAGUCCACUUACUCUUAGCACUUUUUAGAGAGGUGGCUGUUUUGUACAGAUCCCAUAAUGCAAACCUCCACCCUACACCAGAGCAAUGUGAGGCUAUGAACAAGUUCAUUGAAGAAUGCAAGAUCCUUUCCCCUCCUGGUAUCAGACAUUUUGCAACAGCCCUCGUGGCCAAUACUCUGCCAUUGCUGACAACAGGCACCAAUGACAGCAGCCUUGAGGGAACAGUGACAGAAAUGGCCAUUCAUGCUGCAGUCGUCCUUCUAUGUGGACAGAACAGAAUCUUGGAACCCCUAAAGAACAUGGCCUUCUCCCCAGCCAACAUGGCGAAUGCUUUUCUUCCAGCUAUGCCUGAAGACUUGCUGGCUCAAGCUAGGAGAUGGCAGGGUCUGGAAGGCCUCCAGUGGUACACUUGUCCCAACGGCCAUCCCUGCUCUGUAGGAGAGUGUGGCAGGCCAAUGGAGCUGAGCUCUUGUGUUGACUGUGGUACACUAGUUGGAGGUAUUGAUCACAGACCUCAGAAUGGCUUUCAUGUUAUCACCAACAACAUAGACAGAACUCAGACUGGCCAUGUGCUGGGUGACCCGCAACAUAAAAGUGUGGUGGCGUCUGACCGAGGGCUGUCCCCAGUGGUCUUCAUUCUCAUCCGGCUACUCACUCAUUUGGCUAUGCUUCUGGGAGCUGCCCACAGUCCACAGGCUCUGAGAAACAUCAUUAAGCCUCCAGUGAGGGAUCCAAAAUGGUUUCUGCAGCAGCAUAUCCAGAGAGACUUGGAGCAGUUGACCAAGAUGCUGGCAAAGAGUGCCGAUGACACCACCAACGUGGUCCACCUCAUCCUGGCCAGACUUCUCCAAGAGCAGCAGCACCUCUUAAGCCAGAGACUUUCUAAUUUUGAUGCAAAUUUGUCAACCAAAGAAAUGAGAAACAACUGGGAAAAACAUGUUGCAACUGUUAUUUUACCCGAACUGGAGCAUCUAGAUAAAACCCUUUUGACUCUGGAGAAUCUUAUCAGUCAAGAUGAGCGUAUUAGCUCCAACCCUGUGGCCAAAAUCAUAUAUGGUGAUCCAGUGACCUUCCUGCCUCACCUGCCCCAGAAAAGUGAGGUCCACUGCUCUAAGAUUUGGAGCUGCAAAAAGAGAAUCACAGUUGAGUACCUCCAGCACAUUGUGGAGCAGAAAAAUGGCAAAGAAAUAGUGCCCGUUCUCUGGCAGUUCCUACAGAAGGAAGCAGAACUGAGACUGGUGAAGUUCUUGCCUGAGAUUUUGGCCCUGCAGAGGAGUCUAGUGAAACGAUUCCAGAAUAUUUCACAAGCUGAAUACACCUCCAUCAGAAGUUUUAUUAGCAGUCACAAUUCAGAAGGGCUGAGGCAGUUAUUUCAAAACAGAAUCACUAUCUUUCUGUCCACAUGGAACAAGCUGAGGAGAUCUCUUGAAACCAAUGGUGAAAUCAAGCUGCCUAAAGACUAUUGCAAUAGCAAUUUGGAUCUGGACACUGAUUUUGAGGUCAUCCUGCCACGUCGACAGGGCCUGGGCCUCUGUUCUACUGCCCUAGUCAGCUACUUGAUUAACCUACACAAUGAAAUUGUCUACACGGUGGAGAAGUUCUCCAAGGAAAACAACAGCUAUUCUGUGGAUGCCUCUGAGGUCACUGAUCUGCAUGUCAUCAGUUAUGAAGUGGAACGGGACCUGACUCCACUGAUUCUCUCCAACUGCCAAUAUCAGGUUGAACAAGGUGGAGAAACCUUGCAGGAGUUCGACCUGGAGAAGAUCCAGCGGCAGAUCACCAGCCGCUUCCUCCAGGGCAAGCCCAGGCUGACACUCAAGGGACUCCCCACUCUGGUAUAUAGACAUGACUGGAACUACGAGCAUCUCUUUAUGGACAUCAAGAACAAAAUGGCACAGAGCUCCCUCUCCAGCUCAGCCGUCAGUGCCAUCAGCAGCCAGCUGCAGUCCUUCAGUGAUGCCUGUGAAGCGCUGUCUAUUGUGGAAGUCACACUGGGGUUUCUGAGCACAGCUGGUGGGGAUCCAAACAUGUACUUGAAUGUGUACAUCCAAGACAUCCUGCGAAUGGGCGAUCAGAUGACUGCUGUGCGAAAGGCCUUAAACAGAUGUCAGUUAAAACAUACCAUUGCCCUGUGGCAAUUCCUGUCUGCUCACAAGUCUGAACUGCUGCUGCGACUGAAAAAAGAGCCAUUUAGGGAGAUCGAUUCAAGGUACAAAAAGGAUCUCAGCCCAGAAAAUGCUAAGCUUCUCAGCACUUUCCUGAAUCAUAUUGGCCUAGAUGCUUUCCUGCUGGAGCUCCAUGAAAUGAUGGUCUUUAAACUAAAGGGCCCCCAAACCAACGAGAGUUUCAACCCUAAUUGGAGCCUGAGAGAAACGCUGGUAAGUUACAUGGAAACGAAAGAGAGUGAACUUCCUGAGAUGGAAUCUCAGUUCCCAGAAGAGAUACUGCUCUCCAGUUGUGUAUCUGUGUGGAAAAUGGCUGCUGAUCUGAAACGGGAUCGACAAACAAGAUAGAGUGAUUUCCUCAGCACUGUCUUCUGGUAAGACAUGGGAGAAAAGACACUUCUCCCAUCACCUACGGCAUGGAUUCCAUCACGGACUGUUGCCGUUUGGAGUUGUUCAGAAGGAAAGCUGUUGGCUUUGCACG